CCUGGCAUGGAGCUGCUGGCCGCGGGGAGCAUCCCCGGUGCCCCGCAUCCCCGCGGCCGCAGCCGCCGUGCCCCGCAUCCCCCCGCCCCGGCGCAGCCCUGAGCCGCCCGGCAGCCGCCUCCUUUGUGCGGCGGAGCGUUUGUGCGGGCUGCGGCCCCCACCCCGCACCCCCCGGCUCGGGGGUGGCCCGCGGGCGAGCGGGAGGGAUGCUGCCCUGGCCGCAGGAGCCCAGCGCCGGAGGUCGGCGGCCAGAAGCAGCGCCCGGCACCGCUCGAUGCUGACGCCCCCCCCGGAGUGCCGCAUCCCCCUGUCCCCACGCCAUGUCCCGGCGGAGCUGCCGCCCCUGUCCCUCUGCCGGGGGCUGCCCGGCCAGCCCCGCACAGCCCCGGAGCCCCAGGCCAUGAGCGGGCCCCGGCGGCGGGGAGCAGAGCUGCGGGAUGGCCUCGCUGGACCUGCCCUACCGCUGCCCGCGCUGCGGCGAGCACAAGCGCUUCCGCAGCCUGUCCUCGCUGCGCGCCCACCUGGAGUACAACCACACCUACGAGACCCUCUACGUGCUCUCCAAGACCAACAGCAUCUGCGACGCCGCCGUCUUCCCGCUGGCCGCCGACGCGGCCCUGCUGGCCCCGGCCGCCCGCAGGGACUACUUUGAGAGCACCUCCUUCCAGGGCAAGGACCAGCGCUUCUCCUGCGACCUGGUCCCCGCCGACGAGCUGGAGCCGGCGCCGCCGUCGUCGCCGUCGCCGCGCUAUGUGCACGAGAUCGAGAUCCCGCUGAGCGAGAUCUUCGGCCGCGGCAAGGCCGUGGCGCCCGCGCCCGGCCCGCCCGCCGCCCCCGACGCGGCCUACGAGGAGGGCCUGGCCCGCCUCAAGAUCCGCGCCUUCGAGAAGCUGGAGGUGGACAAGAGGCUGGAGAAGCUGACGGAGGAGGUGGAGCAGAAGAUCGCCUCGCAGGUGGGCCGGCUGCAGGUGGAGCUGGACCGCAAGAGCUCGGAGCUGGAGAAGGCCAAGCAGGAGAGCCUGCGGCUGAGCCGGGAGAAGCAGGAGCUGGAGGACCGGGCCUCGGAGCUGUCCCGCCAGGUGGACGUCAGCGUGGAGAUGCUGGCCUCCCUCAAGCAGGACCUGGUGCAGAAGGAGCAGGAGCUCACCCGGAAGCAGCAGGAGGUGCUGCAGAUCGACCAGUUCCUGAAGGAGACGGCGGCGCGGGAGGCCAACGCCAAGGUGCGGCUGCAGCACUUCAUCGAGGAGCUGCUGGACCGCGCGGACCGCGCCGAGAAGCAGCUGCAGAUCAUCAGCAGCAGCUGCGGCACCACCCCCAACGGCAGCCUGGGCCGCUGCGGCACCCCGGCCACCAAGGCCAUCGCCCGAGCGGGACCUCUGCGGGCACAGAGAGAGCGGCACCCGGGCCCGGCGGCGGCCGUGCACGGUCCCUACUGCGGCGUGGCCAACCAGCGCUCCUCCUCCAGCACCGGGGCCUCGAGCCGGGCCAAGGCGGUGUCGCAGAGCUCGGGCUGCUACGACAGCGACAGCGCGGAGCCGUGUCCCACCGACGACACGGCCGAGGGCCCCGCCCCGGCGCGGGAGGCGCGGGGCUCGGGGCUGCGGCGCCAGGCCAUCCAGAACUGGCACCGCCGGCCCUACCGCAACAGCAACGAGGGCGAGGAGGCGCGGCGCGUGUCGGGCGCGGCCAUCCAGACCUGGGAGCCCGGGCCGGGAUCCGCCGCGGCCCGACCACCCGGCAGCUGCCGCCUGACCGUGGCCACGGACGCCGUGUGUCCCACGGGCAGGCCCGAGGGCGCCGGGGGCAAGGUGUGCCGGCUGGAGCGGGGCAGCCCGGGCCACUGCAGCGAGGUGAUCAGCCCCGAGAUCCUCAAGAUGAGGGCGGCUCUCUUCUGCAUCUUCACCUACCUGGACACCAAGACCCUGCUGCGCGCGGCCGAGGUGUGCAAGGACUGGAAGUUCGUGGCCCGGCACCCGGCCGUGUGGACACGGGUGCUGCUGGAGAACGCCAGGGUCUCCUCCAAGUUCCUGGCCAUGCUGUCCCAGUGGUGCACCCAGAUGCAUUCCCUCACCCUCCAAAACCUGAAGCCGCGCCAGCGGGGCAAGAAGGAGAGCAAGGAGGAUUACAUGAAGAGCACACGGGGCUGCCUGGAGGCGGGGCUGGAGUCGCUGCUGAAGGCCACGGGCAGCAACCUGCUGAUCCUGCGCAUCUCGCACUGCCCCAACGUGCUGACCGACCGCUCGCUCUGGCUGGCCAGCUGCUACUGCCGCGCCCUGCAGGCCGUCACCUACCGGAGCUCCACGGACCCCGUGGGCCAUGAGGUGAUCUGGGCCCUGGGAGCAGGCUGCAGGGACAUCAUCUCCCUGCAGGUCGCACCUCUGCAUCCCUGCCAGCAGCCCACCCGCUUCAGCAACCGCUGCCUGCAGAUGAUCGGGCGCUGCUGGCCCCACCUGCGCGCGUUCGGCGUCGGCGGCGCCGGCUGUGGCCUGCAGGGGCUGGCCUCCCUAGCCCGGAACUGCAUGAGGCUGCAGGUGCUGGAGCUGGACCACGUGGCCGAGAUCAACCAGGAGGUGGCGGCUGAGGUGUGCCGGGAGGGGCUCAAGGGGCUCGAGAUGCUGGUGCUCACCUCCACGCCGGUGACCCCCAAGGCCCUGCUGCACUUCAACAGUGUGUGCAGGAACCUGAAAUCCAUCGUGGUGCAGGUGGGCAUUGUGGACUACUUCAAGGAGCCCCACAGCCCCGAGGCCAGGAAGAUGUUUGAAGAAAUGGUGAACAAACUGCAGGCCCUGAGGAAAAGACCCGGCUUCUCCAAGAUCUUACACAUCAAGGUGGAGGGAGGCUGUUAGCCCUUCAGGGAGCCCAAAGCACAUUCCCUGCUCUGCCCCGAGCGCCGCGGGGCCGGACGGGAACCCCGGCUCGGGCAGCAGGAACCCCGAACUCCCGCAGCCCUUGGGGCCAUCCCGGGUGACAAGGUGCUACUCAAGGACAAGUUUUGGCUGUCCCCAGAGGAGGGCCGUGCUCUCUGCCAGCAGCAGGAUGGCUGUGCAGCCCUGCAGCUGCUCCUCGCCGAGGAUGUGCGUCUGGGGACGGAUGCUGUGCUGAACUCUGCGUGGGGAUCCCUGCUUCUGGGGCUGGGCUGGCCACUGCAGCCCCGGGGCUGGGCCUGGCCUGGGAAGGGGCUGCUCCUCCCCCUGCAUUCCGCGGCGGUUCUGCUGCUUUCCUUUGGGAUUUGGCACAGGGGCACCCGGAGCUGGGAUAACGCUCCCAGGAGGCAGCAGAGCACACGGCCGGGAGCAGAGCUGCACCUCGGGCAGCCACAGGACACCAGGAGAGAUGGGCGCUCCUCCAGAGGGCUCCAGCCCCACCUCCUCUCCUCCAAACCCUCCUGCCAAGGCAAUAAAGCAUCUCCAGAUCCUCAUCCACCAGGAAACACGGGUCACGCCCCUGUCCCACCAUCCCCAGGCUCCAUCUGGGGUCAAGGGUCCCAUGUGGAGAGAGAGACUGUCACAGGACACCCACGUUUGCCUUCCCCAGCAGCCUGAAGGAGAAACCCUGGCCAGAACAUCCUGAAAUGAUCCUGGGAACAGCCCCAACCAACAGCCCUGGCUGACCCUUACCUACAGCCACCGUUUUCUAAAUCUGAUUUUUCUUCUGAGUGUCCUCAGCCUGCAAGGACAUCAUCAUCAUCCCCAAAUUAUCCUUUUUCCACGGGAAACGGCUUUGGAAAGGCAUCCAGCAGGGUCAGGCAUGUCGUUCCUCCACGCCGGGGAGGAGGUGCCAGGAGGUGACACCACCAGAGCACUGCCAGCAGUGGGGACAGCCCGGCCUUACCCACAGCCCAGCCCCUGCCCUUGGACCCACCGUGCUGAGCGGAGAGGAAGCGACUGGGACGGUGGGUCUGGGGCUUCUCCCUCUUCUCUGGGCCAGCCCUGCAGGUUGUGGUGCCUGCUGGCCAGCCUGCCUGGGAGGGGACAGCUCCCAGAGCCUGUCCCCUGGCCAGCCCUCCCGUGGAGCAUCCCCCCAGGAGGGAGCGGGCUGCGGAUCCAGCACCACGUCCCUCAGCCGUGGCACAAGAGCCGCUGACCUCAGCUGGGGCUGCCACACAGCCCGUGGGGAUCCCCAGAGCACGGAAAAUCACCCCAAAUCGCCGAGGCUGGUGGGGCUGGAGGCAGCUCGAGACCCUUCAGCCUCCCUCCAUCCUGCCUGCCCUGCAGCAGGGUUGGGGUUUUGUGGCCACAGCCCCGUGGGAAGCGCCCCUGCUCCCCGUCCCAUGCAGCUUUCCAGGAGAAGGCUGUUCCUGAAUGCACAAAAUGUGGGAGCCCAGAAACGCCUGCGAGAAGCUCCUGCACCCCCAGGUCCCAUGGGUGAGCUCCCUGCCAUGCCCACCGUGGGUUCACCUCCACCCCAGGGAGCCUGGCACACUCCUAACCCAGGGGCAAGAGGAGCAAGGGAUGCCCUGAGCAGCAAAAACCACCCAGCGGAGCUACAACCCCCUGGGACCAUCUGGAGCAGGAGCAUGGCCCAGUGGAGAUGGCAGCACCACAGCGCAGGGACUCGUGGAAUCCCUUACAAACAAAAACAAAACAAAGUACCUAUUUAUUUCUAUAAAGAGAAGAAGGAAAAAAAAAGAUUUUAAAGGAAAAUUAUAUACUCAGCAUGUUUAUACACUCUAUGCUAAAAGACUCUCGUGGCCCAGAGGGGUGCCCAAGCCUGGAGGUGGCUGCUCCAGGUGUGCCUGGAGCCUUUCCUGGCUCCUGGGCCGUGGGGAGGGCGAGGAUGAGGAGAUGGAGGGAGGGGAGGUGUGAGGACUCAGAGAAACCUUCUGUGCCAGAAGAAGGGGUCAUUGGCUGUGUGUGUGGUGGCAUUGGUGACCCUGUGACACCCCCAUCCCUGUGCUGCCCACGGGGCUUUGGAGGCACGGCAGGAGCCUCUCCUGGGUUCCUGGUGCAUCCCAAGGAGCCUCUCCUGGGUUCCUGGUGGAUCCUCAAGAGCCUGUCCUGUGUUCUUGGUGCAUCCCCAGGAGCAGACCAAACCCUCACCUCUGCUCGGGGCAUUCCUGGAAAACCCAGCUCAGCAAAGCCACGGUUUUACACAAAUCCUCUGGUGACACAAGACCUUGAGCUGGUUCAAGGAUUAGAAGAUGGAAAGUGGGGGUUUCUCCCUGUUCCACUUGGGCUUGAAUGGAUCCCUUCCUCAUCCUCCUCCUCCUCCUCGGCUGGGGAUGAAGGCGGCUGGCACAGUGACAGGAGUGGUGGGAAGGAGGGGGCCCUCCUGGUGGCUCCUAAUUGCCCAGCUUGUUAACGAGCUCAUUAAGGGCUCUGAAGUGUCAGACGGAUCCUGCCCGUGCUGCUUCCCCUGCCCUGUCCUGCACGGGUGUGGCCCCCCAAGGCCCCAUCCCCGCGGGAGGCUGCGGCCCCGCUGGCCCUGGUCCUGGAUUCACUCCGGAUUCACCUGGAUUCAGCUCUGGAUUCAGCUCUGGAUUCAGCUCUGGAUUCAGCCUGGAUUCACUCUGGAUUCAGCUCUGGAUUCACCCCGGAUUCACCUGGAUUCAGCCUGGAUUCAGCUCUGGAUUCAGCUCUGGAUUCAGCUCUGGAUUCACCCUGGAUUCACCCUGGAUUCACCCUGGAUUCAGCCUGGAUUCAGCCUGGAUUCACCCUGGAUUCACUCUGGAUUCACCUCGGAUUCACCCUGGAUUCACCCUGGAUUCACCUAGGAUUCACCCUGGAUUCAGCCUGGAUUCAGCCUGGAUUCACCCUGGAUUCAGCUCUGGAUUCACUCUGGAUUCACCCUGGAUUCAGCUCUGGAUUCAGCCUGGAUUCACUCUGGAUUCACCCUGGAUUCACCCUGGAUUCAGCUCUGGAUUCACCCUGGAUUCAGCCUGGAUUCAGCCUGGAUUCACCCUGGAUUCAGCUCUGGAUUCACCCUGGAUUCAGCUCUGGAUUCACUCUGGAUUCAGCCUGGAUUCACCCUGGAUUCAGCUCUGGAUUCACCCUGGAUUCACCCUGGAUUCAGCUCUGGAUUCAGCUCUGGAUUCACCCUGGAUUCAGCUCUGGAUUCACUCUGGAUUCACUCUGGAUUCAGCCUGGAUUCACCCUGGAUUCACCGGAGCCUCGGCCCCAUUUCCUCUGGAAGCGAUGGGAACAGCCAGAAAUGCCGAAUUUCCUGGGAAAGCCUUCAAGCCACAGAGCGCGUUCAGCUCAGCCCCGAUGAGAAGUGCCAGAGGGGCUCUGCGAUGACAAUCCCAGUGAAAUCCAGGGAUCCAGGGGCAGGACUGGGGUCACAGCCAUGGCCAGAGCUGGCAGGGGCUGGAUGGACAGUGGUUCUGAGCCUGGCUCCUGCAGGACCAGCUCUGGGGAGAUUUAUUCCUUUUCUAAUGGUUUUCCCAAAGUUUCCCCAUGGCUGACAUCGCCAGCAUUCCCCUUGCCCUGAGUUUGGGCGCCGGUCAGGGAUUUCAGGAGGAACAACCUCACCAAAGGCAGCUCGGGGGCCAAAGCCACCCCAAAUCCCUGGGUUUGUGUCCCCUGGGUUGGAUUUCACUCAUUCCCCUCACUCCCAGCCGCAGGGAUGCUCUGGGGACCAGGGGCCUCCCCUGCCUUGUCCCUGUGCCUUGGGGCUCCCGGGUGUCAGGGACUGGGGGAAAGGGACCCCCAGGCUGGCUCUGCCCGCCAGGGUUUUAACCCUCUCUGUCCCUCUUCUUGCUGUGUGCCCUGGUCCCUGCUGCCACCACAGGCACAGCCAUGGCAGGGGCGGGUCUGGAUCCCCCAAAAGAGCCUGGAUUUAGGGAAAGCAGAACAAAAACAAAGCAGGAGAAGCGUUGGUCAUGGCUCCUGAAGUGGUUAACAGAUGUUUUCCUUCAGCUUUUAGGGGACAGCCCAGCGCAGGAGCUGGAGCAUUGCUUCAGCCUCAUUUUGGGGUGAGAAACAGCGGAUUGGGGUGCAGCAAAAGCAUUUGGGAAUUGGUGCCAAAUGAGAAAGUGCUUUAAAAGGGAAAAAAUCCCAGGCAGCAGGGAGAUGUUGGGAAGCAGAGCUGGUUUGUUGUGAAGCAUUACAGGGUUUUGUGAGGUGGUGACCUUCCCAAGCCGUGGGAGGCAAAAUAAUCCCUGGGGAGGGUGGGAGAGCACUGAGGGAAAGCUGCUGCAGCAGCAAAGAGGGAACACUGCCCAAAAGCAAGGAAAAAAAAGGGAUUUUCUAAUGCAGCCUCGGGAUUGAGCCCGUGGAGGGCAACGAGGCAGGUUGGGGCCGGGGACAAGUGGGUGCAAUGGUGUGGGGCAGUUUUUGGGAAGCGAGGGGGCGAUGCACAGUUGCUUCGAGAUAAUCAGAGGAGAUAAUCAGUGCAGAGAAUAUAGAAAUCAGGAACUGGAAUCAUUCCCUACAGCCCUGGACGGCAGCGGUGUACAGCGACCUCCCCUCCCCAGAGCUUCCCCUGGCCUCCCUCCCAAGUUAUUUUUUUAACUCUCUAUAAAUUUAGGUCUAUUUUAGUCUUUCUGCAGCGAUGUGCCAGUGUCUGGAGAACCAAACAUCCCUUCCUGCCCCCACCCCGUGCUCCCUGGAUGCUAAACCGGGCGUGGUGUGAGCUGUGCCAGGGCAGGGCAGGGCUGGGCAGCAGGGCCAGCUCCGGCCGGCAGCCCGCGGGUUUAGCACUUUGGUUGGAACUCUCACCUGUAGACGCACUUUGAUGUUGUUGCUUUGAAACUUUGGCAAGUGUAAACAAUGUGUAUUUAAAGAAUUACAGAGAAACGACCCCCAGCCAAGCGUGUAAAGAGCUAUUUUAUGAGUCGGUGUUGAAUAAAGACUCUGGAGAUCGA